AUGGCUACAGCAACAGUACAUACAUCAGCAAAGUAUAAGAAGAAAAUUCUCUGGUUCUGGCAGUCGAACUCGACGAAUAUACACGAUGAGAAGGAAAAACAGCAGCAGUGGAAACGAUAUUCAGAUUUUGAAAAUGAUCAUAUUGAAGAAGCUUACCAAAGAAAAGAGAAAAAAGUUCCAUUGAAUGAUUAUGUAAUUAACUUUGAAUAUAGAAUGCAGCAACACAAGAACGGUAAUCAGAUGGCAAUAAAACGUGAAGAAAUUGAUUUCAGUCAAUGUGUGAGAGAAGAAAGGUUUUUAUAUCCAGUGAGAGCUACGUCUGCUAAAUCAUUUGAAAAAGAAUAUGAUAAGAGUGAUUUCAUCAGUCAAUGGAGACGAAAAGAACACAAAAAAACCGAAUUUGAUAAUGAGCAUGGACCAAAUAAUGAGAAUCGAGCAACUGCUGAACUGGCUGCUCAAGAAGAAGGAAGACUUAUAAACAAAGAAUUUGAUGCACAACGAAUGGCUGAACAACUUCGCAGUUGUAAACAUGACAAAGAGAUUGGUCAAUGUGUUGCACGUCUUUACUCAGCUUCCUCCUUUCUUUCCGAGCUAGUUAAUUCAACCUUAAGAAAUGAUGAUAUGAGCAAGUUAGAUACACUAGGUCCAUUCUGUUGGUUGUUGGAUCAUCGUUUGGGGUGGAAUGAAGGAGGAUGGGAUUGCCAUGUCUAUCGUGGUAUGACUCUAACAGAUGAAAUGAUUGAAGAAUACAAACAAGCUAUUGGACAGAAUAUUAUAUGGCCGGCAUUUACUUCAACUACACUGAACCGUCAAGUAGCUGAGUUUUAUUGUGCAAAUACACUUUUCAUCAUUGAUAUUCAAGCUGGUCAAUUUUGGAGGCGAAGUAACAUUUCUGGUAUAUCACUUUAUCCACACGAAGAAGAGCUGUUACUAACAACCCAAUACUCGUUUAGAGUAAACAACGUAGAAUAUGAUUCAAUUAACGGAAAAUAUUUAAUUUACAUGACGGAGACGGGGAUGCAUUCUUCCACCAAUGGAGGAAAAACUUUUUUUUGGGACUCUGAUAAAAUAAUAGGUGAGCAGUAA